UCUAUUAACCUUGAAUUGUUUAUGUAAACAAUAUUUACAUACAACCUCGAAAAAACAUUGCAAGCGUCAAUUAAUGUCGAUUUUGUUAAUAAAAUAUCAAUGAUACAUCAUCGUACGAACUGUUUAGUUAAAUUUUUUGUCAAUAAGUGAAUAUUUAUAUAUACAUUAUCAAGAAAAAUUCAAACAUGUUAGUCAGCAUUCAAGUUGAUGAACAAUUGUUUAAAACUUACAUUUUCUACUCUGCUCUUUUGGUGUUAAAAGUUUUAUUUAUGGCUUUACUUACUGCUAGACAAAGGAUGAUAAAAAAGAUUUUUUCAAAUCCUGAAGAUAUAAAUACGUUAAAGAAUUCAAAAGUUAAGUAUGAUGAUGUUGAUAUAGAAAGAGUAAGAAGGGCACAUUUAAAUGACUUGGAGAAUAUUCCAUUUUUUGUUAUAGCUUGUUUUGGAUAUUUACUGACAAAUCCUAGCAUAUUCCUGGCUACAAAUUUGAUUCGUCUCUUUGUGGCUAGUCGAAUUUUUCAUACAAUUUGUUAUGCAGUAAUCGUUUUACCUCAACCUUCUAGAGCUAUUGCAUUUUCUAUGGGAUUUGGAGUAACUAUUUAUAUGGCUGUUCAAACAAUUUUAUAUUUCAUUUAAAAUAUACACAAAUAUCUAAAUAAAACAUAAUAUUAAGUUUUUUGGAAAAAUUAUUCACUAAAAUAUUGAGUCAAUUUUCUAUUAUUUUUAUAUUUUUAAAAAUAUCUCCAAUAUGUAUUUAUUUAUUUAUUUUUGAUGAUAUAAUGUUUAUAAGUUCAGUGAAAAUAACUAUUUUAUAGUCAUAUUUUAGUUUAAUUACUUUUUAAAUUAUUUAAUUUUAUUAUAAUUUUUAUUGGUGUUUUUGAAUAAAAAAACAUGAAGGGA